AUGAUGACGUACCGUGUAUUCUGUGUCGUGUUGGUGCUGGCACUGCUGUGCUGCUGCUCGUGCGUGUUUGCCGUGGAGGAAGGGGAGGAGCAAGAGCCGCAGGUGACGCAGGUGAAUGCAGAGUGUGCGGGUAAGGAUAAACUUGCGCGUUGGCAGCUCCCUGGGAAGUCAUUGUGGUACAACUGCACGGUUGAAGAUAGUGGUGUGGGGACGGAGAUUUGCGGCAUGGGCGACGGAAACUGUGCGUCCGAGGAUGUUGAGAGGCGCACCAACGGAGGUGUGAACGAUGGUGUCAUCACGAUCGAUGUCGAUACGCCCACUCCAAACGACCUGGAGAGUUGGUGGGAGAGUAACGUGGAGCCGAAAGCGGCCACCGUCGUAAGUGUUCCAGCCAAACCUCCGGAAGGACCUCCGGGGCCUCGAGAACAGGAGGCUUCUCGUGACUCCUCCACAACAGAUUCUGAUUCUUCUCCUGCUGUCGUUGGGGGUGCGGCUGGUGCCCCUCCUCCUCCUCUACCUGAAACUCCAGGCGGCGCUGUUGCUAACUCUGCUGCUGGCGCUGCAGCCACGACGGAUCCUUCUGCCGCGGCCUUGCGAGCGUUGGAUACCGCUCUCUCUGGUGAACUUCAAGGCGCUGCACAUUCUACUUCUGCUGCACCCGAAUCCCCACCAGAUCCAAAGCCCACAGAAGGCGGCGGCCACUCCUCCCAUGACCCUCCAGUGGAGCUGCAGGAAGAGACUGCUGCUGCGCCACCGACUCAGUUGUCCCAGACCGGCGAGGACGGGGGUGCAGCGGAAGGCGCCGAAGAGGACACCGCCAACACCACCGACACUGCUUCUAGCGAAGGAAAUUCUGCGGCGGCAAGCAUGCCGGCUCCCCUUUCCUCUGCACCCCCAACGAACGCGCUGGAGAACAGUGUGGGAACUGACGCCUGCUUCCAUGACACCCGUCUGCAUACCCUGCCACCGCUCGUUCUGGCUGCACUGACGUACGGGACACUGGGCUGA